AUGGCAACACCGGGCUUGCGCCGUUGGAGACGGGAUCUCGGUGUGUCACGAAGGCAAGGAAGGAAAUGGGUAUUCCGUUUUCUUUUUGCCUUGUGUUUCCUUUCGGCCUGUGUGUUUCUAUGGCUGCUGCUUUCAGAGGCUGGUACAGGGUCUCUGGGGGAGGAUCUGACUGAGAGGGAGUUGCCAAAGCCCUUUACAAAUGAUUUCUUCACACGCGUCAGCUUUGUCAUGGACGAUGCCAUGGCCACGGCGUGGCGCACUUCUAGUAGUAGGCUUGAAUUUCAAGUAGAAAUGUGGGUGGAACGUGUUAUUGUUCGCUCCCCCACUGCUGCUGCUGGGCCACUCCCUGCUGUGCUGCAGAAGGCAGGUGUGUCAGGCACACUGUACGGCAAGAGUUCAUUGAAGCUCCACCGCACCAAACGAAGGUCAUUGUAUAUCCGUAGCGACGUUCCCAUUAAGUUUGUAAACCCACAGCCUGCAUUGACCUCUAACAUAUUCGGACGAAAUACGACGGUAGCGUUGAGGGAAUUUAUCUUGCUUUCUUUGUGGGAGGACACCCACCGCAUUGCGUAUCGCACUUCUGUUGAUUUGCUUCAACAGCUUGACUUGAUCUUUUCGUUUGCGCAAUUGGUAGAGCUACGCUGCUAUCCGUCGUCACGUACGCCACCUGUGGAUCAUCCAUGUGCGUCAUCUGUGCCCGGCGUUUCUGUUAGUGAUGGUGCACGUGAGGGGAGGACGCUGGGUGUGUAUCUUGCUAUUGAGCCGCCUGCACCGGCGAUAUAUCGACGAAUGAGGGAGGCCUUUACUGUCUUUGAGGAGGUGGCGGAUAAACCACUGGAUGCCAUUCUUGAUGCACUGCGCAAUGGCUCUUAUGGCGCCUUGCAAAAACGUGAGUACGAGCACGUGAUGGAGCACGUCACGCGCAUCACGUACUGGCGGCAGAUGUGGCGCGUCACGAAGGAAUCCUACUUAAACAAUAUGGAGCAGGCACUUGAAAUAGGGUCACGCAACUUUAUGCAGUUUCGUGAGCCUCGGCAUGAUUUAUCGCAUGUACCGAGUUACGUGAAAAACAGCUCUUUUUUGCCUGCCUAUCGUCUUGUGGAAAAGGACCCAUGGCUUUACGGCCUACACAAUGAGACGGACGACAAUGUAACGACUGACCGAGAGAAGCAAUUUCUUGAUAUGCCACAAUACAUGGCAUGGAUUGCCGUCAAUACCAUACUACAAAAUGGGGAUUACGAUGACGAGGCUCUUUUUUUUGGGGUAUUUCGACCAUCCGAGCCUGUGCCAGAGAAACCCCAGCUGCCGAUUUAUCUGGGCCUGAUGGGGUGGGACUAUGACAACGUCUUUGCCCCAUGUCACCGCAAGCCGUGGUUUAAAGCAUCUGUCAUGUAUUGUGCGGAAGCGACACUUGAUAACGCCAUUUAUGAGACACCAAUGCUGUUUACCCGAUACGUAGAUAUUCUUUGGGAGCUGGCGCAACGCAUUGACAGGGAUCGAUUUGGUCGAUCUGUUCAGGUGGCAGAGAACGAGCUGCGAACCAUCCUUCACGGGGCACCUGGUGCGACGAUGGCAACGUUUAACCAGGUUACCCGCAGUGAAGACGUUGGCGUGCGGUGGAUUAUGGGAGCCUUCUUGGAGCAGCGACAAGAUGUGCUUCGGUCUUUGGCGGGUUAUUUUCCUACGAAUGAGGUUUCGCAGCUCGAUCAAACGAGUGAAAGAGAUGAAGAGGCGUUAGUGGCUUACAACAUGGAGUCGCGUCGUGAACUGAUGAGGCGUCUUUCCGCUGUUGUCAAGGUUAGGAACUCACGUGUCAGCGUGAGGUGGGGUUUUUCAAUUGUGAUGAUGCAGUCUGCAACUGGGGUAGACCUUCCAGAGGAGGAUGUGUAUGAACUCCCUUCUCCCGGUAUGUACUGUGCACGCGUCUCCGCCGUGGAAUCCUUCUUUGCAAGUGCUGGCGUGUUGCCCUCCUUUAGGGGGCGUGACAGAUGGAAGGCGAGAGGUUACUGGCUUAUUGAUAUUCCAUUGGUGGUGCCAAGUGCGCGACGUGGGAGUGCGGAAUUUGGGCUAUGGUACUUCAACAAGCCUCAGCCCAUGCAGUAUCCGAUGGCAAUACCUGGCACGGGUGCCACGCUUACCGUCUUUAGGCCACCUGUAUGGCCUCAAGACUCCAAAGAGAGGUGCGGGGUUUUUGUUGCUCGCGUACUUUUUCCUCAGCAAGGUUCAGAAAAAUCGUUUAGAUGGCUUAGAACGAAUACACCUAUCUCAACCGCUGAUGCUGUUUCGCAACGGACCAUGAUUGUACGUGGCUUCGGGGCCGUACGCUUUGUUGUGAUGCCAGAGAAGCGUGAAGACCCGUCCUUCUCUGAUGUGCGCCACGCGCAGGAAAAUACGAUUAGAGGCCCACUUUUGUUUGUUAUCAAUACCACCAUCACGGAACUUGUUGUGAACGGUGCGAAUAUUACACAAUCGUUGCCUCUUACGUCUGUUGCAGCCCCACCACGACCGCCAUAUGCAGCUGAUGGCCUCCAGGAUGCGAAGGGCGUCACGUUUGGAGCUUAUCUCAACAAGGGGACGGUGUUACAUUGCCUGUCUGAAAACGCGGAAGCGACCGGACUGAGAGUGAACGGCAAGGGUUUCUCGGAGCGCCAGGCAGUGUGCCCAAUUUUUAUUCGUGGCGCCUUUGAGGUUCAUCGUGGGGCAACUCUGGAGGUAGCGGCGGGUUGUGUCGUAGUGAUGCUGCCUGCGGCGAUGCUGCGUGUGUCAGGGUUGCUGCGGUUCGGCGGAACUGCGGCAGCACCCAUUGUGGUCACCAGCGAACUGUCAGAUAGCGCAAGUGGUUGGCGAACGAUUCUUGUCGACAGUCCCUCUGCCACAUUGCGUGCAAGCUUUACAUUUUUUACUGGUUCUGGCGUGAAGGGGCUGCGGGUGCCAAACACAGGCAAGCACCAUUCCCAUUCCGCCGCCAUCUCCGCCACAAAUGGGGCCUCCGUGUUUCUCCGUCACAGCUUCCUGAUAGAGCUGCAAGGUGCGGGAAUUGUGGCUGGCAAAGGGGCCAAAGUGUACGUUGAGGAUUCACUGGUGCAAUGGGCUCAAAUGGGGAUCGAAUGUGUGGGAUGCACCUUUACGUCAAAGCGAUCGGUCUGGACACACUUUCCCGCGUGGGAUGUGAUCUAUGCCGAUAACGACAAUGACGCCAUGUACCUCUCGAGUGGGAAACAUCGCGUCAUUGAUAGCGUUAUUGCCCACACGAAGGAUGACGGGAUUGAUUCUGGUGCAAAAGGUGGCGGUGGUUCUCUGGUUGUUCACAACACCAUUGUGGAGAGUUGCAUGCAUGAGGGGGUGGCGCUCUCCGCCGAUUCCAAAAGUCAUCGCGAUGUGGUUAUUUCUCACACCAUUGUACAGUACUGCCAGCAGGGCAUUGAGUCGGGGUACACCUCGACGCAACACACGGCAUCCAUCAUGGCCUCUCUCAUCCAACACUGCACCGUCGGUGUUCGUUACGGCGACAACUAUCACUGGUCGCACUGCGAUGGGAGGCUGACGCUGCAGAACACAACACUCGCCCAUAACGAAGUGAAUGUGAUGAACUACGAGCGACAAUAUCAAACACCCAAAGGCCCCGAGUAUUUCCACUCUGAGCCUACAUUAUCGCGGCGUCAUUGGGAUCUUCUAAAAGGUGCCGCAUGUGGUUCUGCCCUUCAGCUGACGGUGGCACCACCGGAGGCACUCGUCAUUCUACUGAUGGAUAUGCGACAAAACAUGCUGCAACGAACAGAUUGGGAGGGAUGCAAGGAUAUCUUUAUGCUGCCUGGCGACAGUACUCUUGUCGUGAAUAAAACAGACCCUGCUUUAACGCUUGCAGAGGAAGAUGUGAUUACUGGCGAUGUAACAGUCGUCAUUUGA